CCAGUGCCGGCGGGGCUGCGGGGCAGGACCCGCCGCCGAGCAUCCUCCGGCCGCGGGGCCCGGCCGCGCCGCCGCGGGGGCUGGAGGCGGUGGCAGGUGUCCCACGGCCCGGGGCCCUCCGAGCGCCCGCCCCGCGGCGCCCCCGCCCUUAGCGGCUUCCUCCUCUCCGUCAGGCGGGGGUCGGGGGCUGCCCGUGGGUCCCCUGCGCGUCCCCGCACCGCCGCCGCUGCGGGAGCGAAGGGGACACUCUGAAGGGCCGGGCGAGGCGGGGGAGGAGAGGAUGGCAACGUGAGAGGGAAGCGGGGCCGCCUGGCCGGAGCCCCCCGCACCCCGGCGGAGCCGAGCCGAGCCGAGCCGCGGGGCUGCCCCCGCCGAAGCCGCCCUUGCAGGCAGUCCCCAGGGCCGAGCGGAGCGGCCUCCAGCCCUGCCCAAGCUCAACAUUCUCUACUUUGGAGGCUCUUUCUUUUCCUUUUGUUGAUAAAGAUGAGAAAAAAGCGGAUAUUGGAGGAUUUUCAUUUUACCUUUUUUGGUGUGCUCUGUCUCCUUUUCCUAGAUGGAGGUAAACUAGAACAAGUAAAACAUUCAGAUACAUACUGUGUGUUUCAAGAUAAGAAGUAUCGUGUAGGAGAAAGAUGGCAUCCUUAUCUAGAACCCUAUGGCCUUGUUUACUGCGUUAAUUGUCUUUGCUCAGAGAAUGGAAAUGUACUGUGCAGCAGAAUAAGAUGUCCAAGUCUACACUGUCCUUCCCCUGUGCACGUACCACAGCUGUGCUGCCCACGAUGCCCAGAAGACUCUCUUUUCUCAGUAAGCAGCAAAAUCACCGGGAAAUCCUGUGAAUACAAUGGCACCACCUACCAUCAUGGUGAAAUGUUUGUGGCAGAGGGGCUUUUCCAAAACAGGCAAGCAAACCAGUGUGCCCAGUGCAGCUGCUCAGAAGGAAAUGUGUACUGUGGGUUGAAGACUUGUCCCAAAUUAACUUGCUCUUUCCCAGUUUCUGUUCCGGAGUCCUGCUGUCCCGUUUGCAGAGGAGAUGGAGAAUUAUCCUGGGAACAUUCUGAUGGAGAUAUCUUCCGGCAGCCAGCCAACAGGGAAGCCAGACACUCAUACCAUCGCUCCCACUACGACCUGUCACCCAGCUCUGCAAGGCAGGCAGUCAACAUUCCACGAUUUCCCAAUGCCAGGAGUAACCGUGGAGUCCUGCCGGAUCCCCAGCAAGCUUCAGGAACAAUAGUGCAAAUCGUCAUCAACAACAAGCAUAAGCACGGACGAGUUUGUGUUUCAAAUGGCAAAACAUACUCACAUGGUGAAUCUUGGCAUCCUAACCUCCGGGCCUUCGGAAUCGUAGAGUGUGUGUUGUGCACCUGCAACAUCACCAAACAAGAAUGUAAGAAAAUUCAUUGUCCAGAACAGUAUCCCUGCAAAUACCCUCAGAAAGUAGAAGGAAAAUGCUGUAAAGUCUGUCCAGAAGAAGUGCCAAGUCAAACCUUUGACAACAAAGAUUACUUCUGUGGGAAAGAAACAUUUCCUGUCUAUGAAUCCGUUUUCACAGAGGAAGGAGAAACCAUCAGAAAAAUUGCAGUAGAGACUGAAAAGCCACCUCAAAUAGAAAUACACGUGUGGACAAUUAGAAAAGGGAUUCUGCGUCACUUCUAUGUUGAAAAAGUGUCCAAGAGAGAAUUUGAAGAACUUCCUUACUUCAAGCAGAUAACACGGACAACCCCUAGCCAGUGGAAAAUAUUUAGCGAGGGAGAAGCUCAGAUCAGCCAAAUGUGUGAAAGCAGAGUGUGCAGGACUGAGCUCGAGGAUUUGGUAAAGGUUUUGUACCUUGAAAAGUCUGAAAAGGGUCACUGUUAAGGGAGACAGCACUGGAGGUAGAAACACAAGAAAACUUAUGAAAACUUGGAUCUGCAGCUGGACUGCAGGCUUAUUUUGCUUAAGUCAACAGUUGCCCUAAAAACCAAAACUAUAAUGCAGUAAUUAUUCACAUCAUGCACAGCAAAUUUGCUGCUUUAUGUGUAGUGGUCUGUGUCAACCGUUCAAAUAUCUCCUCCAAAAGACUAGGAGGCUCUGUAUUACUGGUGGGGGAAGGAGAAAGAGAGACUGUACUUUCCCAGAGUUGCAUUUCUUUACAAGUUAAAAAGAGAAAACAGAACAUUUUUAUUAUUAUUAUUUGGCAAGUUAUUCAAACUAAUGAAAAGAAGGACACCUAAUAAAUGUGCAGGAGCUAUGGAAAGCAUUAUUUUCUAUGCUGAAUUUAUACCAUUUUGGAUGUUGAAAUGACUCAUGGAUUUCUUUUAGUGGUGGAGGAAAAAUACGAGUGGUACAAUACUUGUGUUGGAGACAUAAAAACCAGAUUUAAACUAACAAUCUCCUAAGCAGCCUGCCUUUGGGAUGAUGUCUUGUAGUUGAGCAAACUGAGUCCAUAAACUGAACAGCAGGUGUUAGUGGCAGUCACUAUAUUGUUGUAGCAAUUUGAGCAAAUGUUUUCUUUUAAGUGGUUUUCACUGUUUCCUCCACCCACUCCUCUAAAAAAUGUGAACUGUUAGCUCCCUAUCACAGCACUAAUAACUUCAUUCUUCUGGGCCCUAUUAACACAUGGUCUUGGCUGAUAAAUUGCCUUCUAAAGUGACAUGGCAGAAGGUGGUGAAGUACUUGCAGUACUUUCAAAGCACCUAGAGGGUUAAACCUCCCAAUUAAUAACUCCUUAAGAGUUGUGACAGUGCUUAAUUUAUUUGUUCUGAUAUGUUACAAACCUAAUCUUCUGCAUUUUUCUGAGAGUGACCUCUCAAUUUUCAUGCUUCAAGGACAAACACCAAACAGCCACAGCAGGCCUUUAGAAUGGAGCAGCUCUGUGAAAACUGUUCUCUUGAGAAAAAAAAAACCUGAGAGAUUCUGUUACAUUUAGUAUAGCACGUCUACAGUGUGUUUAAGAAAGGUGGCUGUCAUCUGCAGAAAAAGUAUAAUUUAAAACAUGUUUUCUCUGAAGAGUCACCGAAGUACUGUUCUGCCUCGUCGCUGUGAUGUUGGAUUAAAUCCCAAGAAGCAAGUGGCUCUGCCUGCUUUUGCUCCCAUUUUCUGUUCCACAAGCAGACAGGAAUACUGCUGUUCAAAGACACGCUAGGAAACAACGUUUUACGGAAAUUGUCCGAGCCAGGGGCUGGGCCUUCACAGGGAGUGAAAUCAACAGUGACAGCAAGGAUUUUGAGGUUUGUCAUUUUGCCAGUGACAGCACUCCAGGGUGUACCCAUUUCUAAAGGGGUGAAGGUAUGGGAGAGCUCAGUGCUGAAUGACAAAAGCCUGUUUCAAGCAGAGCUUCACGAUCCUGAGGGGAUCUUUGUCUUGAGCAGCAAACCCUGGCAGCUCUGCAGCUCUCCCCCUGCAGUGCAGGCCUCAGGCCAGGCUUCUUUGUGCCACCCAGGUCCUGCCUGUGCUGCCUCAGCGUCAGGAGGGGUGUAAGGCAGGGCUUCUCAACAAAGAGGAGCAAGUGAGGAGAACAGACACGAAGGUGAAGGAAAGGCUGAAGGGAAUUAGGAGAAUACAUGUAGGGUGAUCUCAGGUCCUUAGCGAUCUUGCCUGUAUAUAACCACCCCGUUGUCCCUAGGCCCAGACAGAGAGCAGAUAAUAUUUAGGAAUACUUCCCUCCCUAGCAAGCACUCAACACGGUCCACUGCAUAACAGAAAAGCAUGCUACAAAGGGAGCUCCUCCAGCAACCACGAGGAUCUGCAAGAAUGAAAUAUUCUUACCUGGUACAAGAACCACGGGGGUCUGUUUCCAAGCCUCCAUGGGCCACAGGGAAAUCCUCCGUGGUCCCUCCAUGGCCACAGGAGGGCCUUUGCUGGGGGCUUGGAGUGCCUCCUCCCUCCUCCUGCCCGGCCCUCCGAGUGUGGGGCUGCUCCUCACACUUUCCCCCUCACCCCUCGCUGCCCGGCAGCAUUUUGCCCUUUCUCAAAUACACCUUCCCCGAGGUGCCACCAGCCUCGCUGAGGGGCUCAGCCGUGCCCUGCGGUGGGGCUGCUGGAACCGGCUGUCCCCAGCUGCCCCUGGCAUGGGCAGCCCCUCAGCUCUCCUCAGAGGGGACCCUGCUGCCCCGCUGCCAGCCCCGGGGCACGGACACCUGGUAGCACUGACACCACGCUAUAGUGCACAGUCUUAACUUGCACCAGGCCUUUAGAAGUCCUGCAUCACUCUUCAUUAAAAGGAGAGCUAAGUGAUCUGCCCCACCACCUUCCCAUGGCACUGUAGCCUCUGCCUCCAUAAGUCCUGUCCUGGUGUCUGGAAGGGGUGUAUCAUAUUCUGAGGUCCUGAGACCUUGCUGUACCAGACGUUACUGCAGUGUAACUGUAGAAGAAGCAGUUUUGCAGCAGCAACACCUAAGGCAUGUGGCAACUACUGCGUUGAAAUUUGCUGCAGAAGUGCAAAAUUUUAUUAUAAAUCUUCUAAUAAGUCAUUAAUUAACCUUAUUGUUACUUUGGUGAAGAUGUUGUAAGGAGGAGGUUCUGAGGAACUGUAGCGAUCUGGUGGGAAGACCAGCAGUUGACUUCUCAUCUCACAGGCAUCAUCUGUUUGUAGCAGUAGCUGGUGAAUAAAGACUAAGUGGAAAGUGUUACAGUAUUUGUAAUUUUUUUUUCUAAGAAGAAGAAGAAAGCAACCUGCUAUUUGUAUUUGUGACAGGACAGGUGGAAUCCAGAUUGUGUAUUUAUUUUAUAAUAAACACUUUUUCAGAAAAGCAAAAAAAAAAAUCAUAAGCAUCAUUUAGUAAAAUGCAGUGUUGCAUUUUUCCAUUUCUGGUCACUUAAGAAAAACAAAAUACACAGUGUCAUGUUUUUCAUUCUCUUCAUGGGAUGUAUGUCUGUUACAGUACUUAUUUAUGUACUUGUUGUAUCACUUUGACCUGGUUUGAUAAAUUAAUAAACCCUGAAGUUGGUAAUA